AUGCUAGACAAAAAUCAGCAUGAAGCCUCAACGAGAAACCGCAAUAUGGAAUCUAAAGACGACAGCGAGGUCCGACUGCUCGAUCGCUUCACAUGGGCCAACUUCACCUGCACGCAGUCUACCGGCGGCGUGGCCAUUCUCCUGUCCGAAACCCACCAUCAAUUUCGCGGGCUGCAGACCGCCGGUGUCGUAGUCUUCAUCCUCAAUCUAGUUCUGUUUGUUCUCUUCACCACAGCCAUGAUCUGUCGGUUCGUACAGAGACCUUCCAGCUUCCGCAAAUCCAUCACGAAACCCCCCGAAGCCUACUUCACAGGCUCUCUAUGGCUCUCGAUGGCGACCAUCAUCAUAUGCAUGCAACGUUUCGGUGUUCCUCACACCGGUCCUUGGAUCAUCGUCACCAUCCGGGUUCUCUUCUGGACCUAUGCUGCUAUUACCCUGACGUAUAACAUCUUCAUCUUCGUCGUCAUGUUUGCCCUUUCCCCCCUCAAGCCUGGCACCAUGAGCCCACCAAUGUUUCUGAUGAUUUAUAACGCCAUGCUGACCGGCACUGUUGCGUCGGCUAUUGCAGCAGGCCAGCCUCUCUCACAACGAAUGGCCAUCAUCGUUGCCGGUGUUGGUUUUCAGGGUCUUGGGUGGAUCCUGUGCCUUUUAUUUCUUCCGCUCUUCGUGGGCAACAUGCUUAUCAAUGGUCUCGGCCCGGCAAACCAGAGACCCGGACUCUUCAUAUCCGUGGGCUCAUCAGGAUACACCAUUGUGGCUCUCAUUGGGUGCGCCAGAGCGAUCCCCGAUGGAUACGGAUACUUUGCGAAGCACCCUACUGCUUCAGAAACCCUGAACGUCGUGGCAUUGUGGAUAGGCAUAUUCCUUUGGCUCUUCGCAUUCUGGCUGUUCGCGAUUGCACUGGUCGCUCACUUGCCCAUUUUGAUUUCCAAAUACUGCAAUAAUAAUAAAAAUAAUAUGUCGCAGCAACAGAUGAAUUUCACACUUCCGUGGUGGGCCAUUAUCUUCCCGAAUGUUGGCUUUACGAUUGGCACGAUUUACAUUGGCGAGGAGCUGGAUUCCAACGCCAUAGCUUGGGUGGGAACAGUCAUGACUGUGUUAGUCUUUGCGGCAUGGCUCAUGGACUUAUUCUUGCAUCUCAAGUCUAUAUUUCAAAGGCGCAUCAUGUAA